AUGGUGUUAUUUUUGGAGACAGAAAGACACUUCUGUCUUGAUGAGUCCAAAGUGUAUCACACAGAUACACAUAGGGGCAUAUCUUAUUCCAUCCAUCACAGAGACAUUAGCACUGACCUGUCCAACCUGCCACCGCUCCAGCGACCACCCUUCCAGAAAUGGAUAUGGAUGAACUUGGAAUCUCCGUCGCACUCCUCCCAACUUCCUGGGAUUGAGAACCUGUUUAAUCUGACCCUUAAUUAUCGUCAGGAUGCUGACAUUGAAGUGCCUUAUGGGUCCAUAGUAGCAGCGGAGGGUGAAGAGGACUUCGUCCCACCCAGCAAAAGCAAGUUGAUUUGUUGGAUUGUGAGCAACUGGAACCCAGACCACGUGCGUGUGAAAUACUACAAUGAGCUUUACAAACACAUUGAGGUGCAUGCGUUUGGGCAAGCUUUUGGGGAAUACAUCUCAGACCAAGACUACUUCCCCACAAUCGCUAGCUGCAAGUUCUACCUUUCAUUUGAAAACUCCAUCCACAAGGACUACAUCACUGAAAAAUUGUACAACCCGCUCUCUGUGGGGACGGUACCAGUGGUUCUCGGCCCACCUAGGCAGAACUAUGAGAACUUUGUCCAGGGAGACGCCUUCAUCCAUGUAGAUGACUUCACGUCGCCUAAAGAACUGGCCGACUACUUACUGCUCCUGGACAAGAAUGAGGAAAUGUACCUCCGGUACUUUGAGUGGCGACAUCACUUUAAAGUGAAGAAGGCAUUCUUUUGGGCUGAGCACACAUGCCUGGCUUGUGAGUACGUGCGUAGGCACAAAGAAUACAAGACAUUCAACAACCUUGACAAAUGGUACUGGGGCUGAUAAUCCUUUGUAUGGCUGUGCAGCGAUUGUUUCGAUGUUGAAGGCUGUGCUUUAAGAUUUUUUUUUCUUGUCUCAACAUAAAAUAUCAUUGCUAUUCAACCUGAAGAUUGAAGAUCUGAAUGAUCCAGUAAUGAAUGGUCCAUAUGAGAUGUUUUUCUUUGAAUGCAAGCUAGUGGUAAGCCAUAAUUUGCAUUUUUUGUACUGCUAAUCAAUGAUUUAAUUCAAAUGCACUGCUUUUAUUUUCGUUUUAACGUUACCCAUAACCCACUUGAAGCUUUAUACUCAACUAAAAUAUAACUGUGACACAUUCCUGUUGACUCCUAUUUUUCACGAGAUGAA